ACAUGAUCAAGAAAUGUCAGUUUCAAUGCAAUGAAUGCAAUGACAUGUAGAAGUUCCUAGGGACAGUGAGGCUCGGACAGUUGCAGCGGAAUUAAAAGUUUUGCCUUAUGAUGAAGUAAAGGAACAUUGAACAACCAAGAAUGUCUAUUCCUGUAGUUCCAGGGGCAACAGCUGGCUCUGUAGGGUCUGUAGGAUCACCACAGAGAAAUGUUGGUGUUGCACAAUUUCCAAGAACUCUUACACAACCACAGGAAACAAAGAUAGUACAGGAUAUUCUAGAUUGUAUUAACGAGAUGAAGUCAGAAUUUGAAGAUAGUAAGAUACCUAUUGAUGAUGAUAAUCACCAAUUGCAAAGGUUUUGUGCUAAGUUGGAGUAUCUGUUUCAGAGCAAUAUGAAAGAAAAGAAGAACUUACUAGGAAGGAAAAAAGAUUACUGGGAUUAUUUUUGUAACUGUCUAGGAAAAACAAAAGGCAUUAGUGAUGGAAUAAGAUUUGUCAAGAGUGUAUCAGAGUACAAGACAUCUCUUGGCAAAGGAAGAGCAUUCUUAAGGUUUUGUUUAGUGCACAAUAGAAUGGCCGAUAGUUUACAGGCCUGCAUCAUCAAUGGAAAAACAACAAGUGAAUGGUUCUAUCCCCAGUCAAUUUGGUUACACCAAGAUAGGAAUAGUGUACUAAUCAGUGCUUUAUAUGAUUUAAGUGGAUUACAGUUUGACCUUGCUUCAAGUGGAUAUGACCUCGACAAUGCAUGGCCAUCUUUUGCAAAGAAGAGUCUUGGGUCACAUCACACUUGGAAUAUGCCAUCAAGGACAUCAAGUAUGAGUAGUUUAAUCAGUAUUCCUGGGCAGCAGGAUGCAUCACUCCAUAGAUUUAACUUAUCUACAACACCAGUUGACAUGGAUGAUUCUAGCCUCAUGAGUCCUGGAUCACACAUAUCAGAGAGGAUGCAGUCAUGUUUGACAGACAACACAGAGGCACAUAAACAAGAAUUGGAAGUUUUACAACAACAACUAAAUGAGGUUGAAGACAGAAACCAACUAAUAACAAAGGAACACGAGAACCUAAAACUGAGAUAUGAUCGAUUAGUUUUAGAACAAGAAUCAAAACAGAAAGAAUGGGAAAUGAAAUACACACAGAAGAUGGAAGAAGUAGACAAACUCAACAAACAGAUAACAUCUCUUGACCAUCAGUUACAAACUCAGAGAGAGGCUCAUAGUAAACAAGAAAGUGAAAAUAUCAAAAUGCAGUUUGAGGUUAACUCAUUGCAACAGAAUGCUGUAGCAGUGAAAGAUCAAAAUGAUGCUAUGGAGAGUGAAAUGUCAGUGUUAAAAGACAAACUUAUAAAACAAGAAGAAAAAAAUCAAGAUCUAUUGAACAAGAUUGAAAAUUUACUUCAGGAAAAAAAUGAUGAGGCAAAAAGUCAGAGAAGUUCUGUUGAUAAACUUCAAGAAACAUUUGAACUCAUGAAGAGUUUAGAAGCAGAAAAUAUGACAUUGAAAUAUGAAAAUAAAGAGUUGAAUGAUAAAUGUGGGAAACUACAAUCAAAUAUGGAAGAGACUGAACAAAGUCGAAUUUCACUAGAAGACAUUUUAAAAAGUAACAAAAAAGAACUUCAGGAAAUGGAGAAUAAAUUAUCAAAGUUGGAUAUCCAAAAGCAGAUGCUAGAAAGUCAAGGUCAAAGUUUGAACAGAGAAAUAGCUUCUUUGAAAGAAUUCUAUGAAACUGAAAAAGGAGAUACUGAAAAAGUUAAAGGAAAAUUUGAAGAAAAGGUUGAGCUAGUAAAAAAUUUAGAAUUACAAAUUGAUGAAGUGAGAGUUCUUCUGAAGAUACUGGUGUCUGGUGUGAAUAUAUCAAAGGAUACUGAGGUACCAGAAUCUCUCAAAAAUAGUGAAGUUGGCAAUCUACUAUAUGGUAUGAUAGAACAGUCACUUCAUAGUACACGUAUAAAAGAUAAAAUGGAAAAUCUUGAAAAAAGUCUUGAAACUGAGUCUACUCAUUAUAAAGAAGAUAUUGAAAAUAAAGACAGGCAGCUACAGGAGAAUGAAAGUUUAAUUAAUACUCUACAAAGAGAAAAAUGUGAUAGAGAGAGUAGAUGCACUGACAUUGAAGAGACUCUGCAGGCACAAGUGAAUAAUUUGGAAGAACAAAACUCACAGGCAGAGCACAAAAUUGUAGAAUUGAAAGAAAUUAAACAAGCUCUUGAGCAUGAAAGAUCUGAACUACAGAGGGACUUUUCAAAUCAGAAAGAUGUCCUAGACAAAACUGUUCAAAACUGUGAUAAUCUAGAAAAGAAAUGUAAAUCUGUAGCAGAAGAUCUCAAGAAAAUAGAAGAACAAAAUAAGCAGUUAGAAUCAGAAAAUUGGUCAUUACAGGAAAAAAGGAUACAAAAAGAGAAUGAACUGGUUGAGCUCCGUCAAAAAUCAGUCCUAGUCGAGGAUGAAUUACAACAAAAAAACAACAGUGAAAGUAAUCUUACGUCAAAACUUCAAGCUCAAAUUCACGAAAAUGAAACAACAAUUAAAGAAAUGAAGCAUAAAAUUUCUGAAUUAAACAUCUCUGUUGCAGAUAGUAAUAAAACAACUGAAGAAUAUAGUAUCAAAAUUCAAGAAAAAGAAGCAGAAAAUAUAGAAUUGUUAAAUAAAUUGACUACAGUAGAAAAAGAUCUUAAUGAAAAGAGUUUGAUUCUACAAGCCGAAUCUAACAAACUUAGCACAUCUUUAAAAGAGAAUGCAAGUUUAGAAGAGAAGUUAAAGGAUUUAAAAGAAAAACAAUUUGACCUAGAACAGCAAUUGGGUAAUUGUGUCAAAGAAAAUACAAAUCAUCAACAACAAAGACAAAAGGCGUUAGAUAAACUUGAAAUUGAACGUCAUUCUUUAAAAAAGCAUUUAGAAGAUGCUUUAAAAGAUAUUGAGUCUAUAAAACAACAGUUGACUCAUACAUCUGCUGAACUAGAUAUCGCUUAUACAGAAAAAGAAAAAUUGGAUUCUGAGAAAAAUGACCUGAUAUUGAGACAAGAUGAACUGGAUCAAAAACUUAAACAUUCUGAGGAUAAAAAUGAGAUUCUUUCAAAUGAUAAAAUCGAUUUGACAAAUGAAAUAAAAGAAAUGACAUCUCUUAAACUAGACUUAGAAAAAGAAUUAGAUACUUUGAAAGAUCAGAUAGGAAAUCUUCAUGAAAAAGUUGGAUGUUUGCAGAAGGAAAAACAGAAGGGGGAUGAUGAAAAGCAUGAUUUAGAAUUACAAAUUGCUGAGUUUAAUAAGGACAUGUCCUUGAAAACUGAAGAGAUUUUCACAGCACAGGAAUCCAAGAAAAAUGUAGAGAAGGAGCUUAAUGAAUUAAGGUUAAGCCUAGAAGAAGGAAAACAGAGUACAGAAUCUGAGAUGGAAAGGUUUAAGAUUGAACAUGAAAAAGAAGUAGAAGUUUUGAAACAGGAAUUAUCGUCAUUGCAGUUCGAGCUGAGUUCAGAACAAAUUAAGUUUGAACAAUCUUUACAGACAUUUUCUGAUCAGGAUUCCAGCAUUUCAGGUAUGAAAGAGAAACAAUCAAAACAAGAGGAAUUGGUAGCAGCUCUAGAACAAGAGAUGUCAGAAAUCAAAACUAAUGCAUCACUUAAACAAAAUCAGCGAGAACAGGAGCUUGAGAAACAAAGGUUGUACAUCAGUUCAAUAGAGGAAGAGAAAAAAGACCUUACUUCUAAGCUUCAGGAGGUUUCACAAGAGUUAGAAAGUCAAAAGUCAUUGGUUCUCUCAUUACAGACAAAAUUAAAAAAUGGAGAAGAAGAUAAAGAAAAAGUGUGUACAGGUAAAGAUAAUGAAGUGGGAGAGCUCAAAUCUGAUAUCCAACAGCUGAAGAAAAAAAUUGUCAAACUAACCAGAGAUAAGGACUCCUUAUGGCAAAAAACAGACCAGUUAUCAUAUGAGCAAAAAUUACAGGCAAAAGAUAAAUGGUUGGAUGAAAAAGAUAUAACACAAUGUAUGCAAUGUCGGACAGAAUUUAGUUUUACAAUUAGAAAGCACCACUGUAGGAUUUGUGGAGGAGUGUUUUGUCACCAGUGCUCUGACAACUGGAUGCAGACAGCACACAGCAGGCUAAUGCUUCAGAGUAAAAAAUCUAGAGCCUGUAGGAUGUGUUUUGAAAAAUCCCAGCAGCUAGAAGAUGAUACUUUAAGACCUUAUAACAGUGAGAAUAAUUUUGAGGACACUGUUGAGAUACCAAAAUUACAUAAAAAAAGAGGAGUCAUGAAUGAAAGUGAUUCAUCAGCCAUAUCAGAUGUAACCCAGAUAUCAGACAGUCAGUCUGACGACACAGGUUCCAUUGCCAUCCCAGGUCAGGUGGCAUCUGCUAUUACUGUAUCAAUGGUGGAUGGAAAUAUUACAGAUGAAAUAAAAGAAAAACAAAAAGAUGACCAAUUCCAUUUGAUCUCCGAUGAAGAGGUAUCGAAAUCACUGACAGAACCUCAGAACAGUCCUCUUCUCACAACUGAUCCAAAUAUGACCUCCAGUAUGACCAUAUCAACAGCUGACCUUGAGAAAGGAGAAGUUAAUAGUCAGAAUGAAAUAUGGAUUAAGCCUGGUAAAACAUUUGCUGUACCUGUCUUAGUGGAUCGGUUUAACACAACUCUUUGUUGGGAAUUUAACUCUCAUCCAAAGGAUGUUGUAUUUGGUGUACAUUACCAAACAAUGACUGGAUCUAGCAGUGAAGUGUUGAUACCACCAUGUAAAGUAGACUCCCAUAAACAGUAUGUUAAAGGAGAACUAACAGCCAAACAACUGGGAAUUUACUCACUUAUAUUUGACAAUACAUACUCAAGGUUUACGUCUAAGAAGAUUAUCUACAAGCUGUGGUCCAACAAAGGCAAAUGAAAAGAACUCAUUCAAUAAUGAAAAAUCAUUGAUAUAGCAUUUUAUACAUCAUACAUGAAUAUAUAUCAUUUUGUAUGCAUAUUUUUAUAUGACAUUUAAUGAGAUCACCCCCAGUUUUUGGGGUUCAUAUUGCUCAGUCUUUAGUUUUUUUAUGUUGUGUUAUGUGUACUAUUAUUUGUCUGUUUGUCUUUUUCAUUUUGAACCAUGGUGUUGUGAGUUAUUUUUUCGAUUUAUGAGUUUGACUGUUCCUCUGGUAUCUUUCGCCCCUCUUUAGGGAGGGGUGAAAAUAAAAGAAAUUCAUUAUAAUAACUCACAAGUGUCAAAAUUUACUCUGCAACUGUCAUUAACAGUUCCGUUUUACUGACAAAAUUAGGUGAGCAAGCAAACUAGAUUUAAAUUGUUGAUAAACUAAUAUCUUAUCAUAUUUUAUCACUUGUUUAAAACUGUCAUGCAUCAGACCAUGACAAGACAGACAACUCCACAUGAUUUUGAAAGGAAAAAAGCUUUGUUUGGCAAAAAGAUGAGUAAAAAGAAAUAUCCAUAGUAUAUGACCUUGUCAAAAAGGUAUAAUUUCAUCAGUGAGAAAAAAAAACAUAUAUAUUAGUGUUUAAAGUUUCAAAAAGAGAGUUCAAUUGUUAAAGGGAGUUAAUCAAGUCCUGUUUUUUAAACACUUUUAGAAUAGACAGUCAAUGGCUUUUUAUAGUUGAUGGCAGCUUUGUAUACUUAACUCUAAUCUUAUCAGUCUUUCAGAGGCAAAAUGGUUUUAGAAUUAUACAAACAAUGAAAUAUUUGUGAAAUGUUAACAGAUGUGAUCUCGAAAUUCCAUAUCAAAAACUGAAAUUGUAGUUUUGAUAAAAGACUAUGGAAUUGGCAAUAAAAUUAAAAAGGUUUUUUUUGGUUUAUACAUUUAUUUUAUUUAUAUUAAAAUGUUUCAAUCAGUAAUUCAAAUUACAAGAUAGAUGUUCUAUUGAUUAUUUUUGUUAUUGUUUAGUUUAUUUUUUAAUUUAAGAGAAAUGCAUUGUAUUUUUAGAAAGUUUGGAUUAUUCUGCUUUCUAAUACAUUUAAGUGUUAUAGUAUACACCAUUUCAUAAUGGUAUUUAAAUCUGUUGUAUAAGAAGAAAUGUUUUCAUUCCAUUCCUAAAUGUGAUUUUAACAAUUGCCUAAUUUUUAUUAAGAAAAUGCAAUUUGCGUAUAAAUGUAGAUCAUGUAUUUGAUCUGUUUUACGGUUAACAGCUUACACCUAUCUAUUAUAAUAAGUUUUUCAAGAUAAUUGAGUUCUUUUUUUAGUAACAGUGGCCAUGUUUGUUCAUGAAUCAAAUUUCUGGAUACAAUUUUUUAACAAGUUACUAUAAGUAACAUUCAAAUAAUGUCUGGGAAUUUUAAACCAAAUAGUUUCCAGAAUGUAUUUAUAGUUUAAAACGACUGACAAAUAGGCACCAAGUGAUAGCAAUAGCUCACAUGGCCUUUUAGGGUUUAUUAUAAUAGUAGUUUUUUGUUGCUUUAUUUUGAAAAAUUUAUCAGGAAAGGCUGUCCCAUGACAAAUCCCAGAUCAAUGAAUAUUAAAAAUAUUUCAUGUUUUUCUUCAAAAAUAUUUUCAAUACAAUUAAAUAAUUAGAAUUUCUUUGACUUGGCUAAUAGAGAAAAAAAUCUAAAAUAUUUAAUAUAUAUCUAAUAUUGACAACAAAGCUGUAUACAUGUAUUAUAAAUGUACAAUUUUCACACCACCAUAAAACUAUUUAAGAAAACAAAAGUUUUUGGCUGAUUCAUUUUAAAUUAUUAUUCAAUAAUGUAAAAUAUAUGGUUGUUUGAAACUAUUGUCUGAUAGAAAACUGGAUACUGCUGAUUUUUUUUUAAUAAUUAAAAUAUUUUGUGUAAGCAGUUGUACAUGUUUAUAUCAAUAUUUUGUUUAAUUAUACCGGUAAAUGAACUAUAUUUUUAUGUUAUUACUCUUGGUUGUUUUGCCAAUAUUUUUUUUUAUUACCAGUUGUGCUUACAUUACCAAUAUAUGAUGGUUAUUUUUAUGUGGUAGUUUUAUUUGUUUAUAUGAACAUCUUUUUAUAAAUCUGUCAACAGUGUAUUAUGGGUUACCAGAACCAGUCCAUCUGUCUGUCCAUAUGCAACACUUGGUACCAAAGGUCAAAUUUGCUGUUACAAAUAUACUUGUUAUUUUAACACAAUGUACAUUAUAGAUUAACUGAAGAAAGCCCUGUUUCAAUUUUGAAAAUAUUUGGCUCUGUCAUUACAGGGUUACAAGAAUAUUAGAAUUUAGAAUUAAGACAAUUUUUAUACAUAUUGCACACUUGUUCUUAGAGGCUUGGAUUGUUUUUCUCAACAUUUCACAUUGUUGUUGAAAUGAAUAAUUUCUAGUUUGUUGUUCCAGAUUUACUUGCCUAAGUUUUAAAGGUAGUCAUUUAAUUAAAGUUUUUACCAGUUGUACAAUUUAAGAAAGUUUUAUUAGAAAACUAACGCUGUUGUUUGGAUUAAUGGUGAAUGUAAACUCGCUUUUGAGUAAUGUAAAUGUGGAAGAUAUUCUAGUGAUUUUUUGUCUGGCCUCAAAGAGGCAUGGUGUUUUCAUCAGCAGCAGCAUUUAAAAUUUGUUAUAGAUUCCAUUAGGUCAGUUUAAGGGGAAUGGCCUAAUGGUUAGCCUAUGAAAUUUGCUAUGCAGUUGUAUUAGCAUUCACAUGUCUGAACACCAUUGAGUUUAAUUGGCCUUCCCCUAAAUCAAGGUAUAUUGACUUUGAGACUUUUACAUUAAUAGUUUAAAAGUUAAAAUUUGUGCUGCUUUGAAUGUUUUGCACGGUAAACAUGUUAAAGUAUUGCCAUUUUAACAUGUCCAUUUUAUUGUUGAAAUGACAUACCUGUAUUAACAAGACAUAUCUCUGUGUUAACUGAAUUAUUGUGUAGCGGAGAUGCACUUAUAUGCACAUAGCCUUUUAAACAAGGUUGUUGAAGGUGCUAUAUAUUUUAAUCAUGAUACAUGUAUUAUAACAAAUUAUCUAUGCACUCAUAAAUGAAGAUGAUGGGUGUAAAUGCUGUGAAAAAAAAUAUAAUUUGCAGAGUAUUUAAACUCAGAUCUGGCAGUUUGAACAAUUGUACUUAUAUGCUUCAUGAUAACUUCUUCUGCCGUGUUUAUAAAGUAUUUGAAAUGUAUUUAUAUAUUUAUGAGUAUGUUAAUGAAUAAAGUUAUGUUAAUAUAUGUUUACGUA